AUGUCCGCCACAAACGGCGUCAACGGCCAUGUCAAUGGCUCCUCGAGUGCCCUCUGCUCUGUUGAUGAACUGGUGUCUCGCAAAUAUGACUUUGUUGUGGUUGGAGGAGGUACUGCUGGUCUAGUGGUCGCUGCUCGCCUCACCGAGGAUCCAAAUAUCUCUGUGGCGGUCCUGGAAGCUGGAGAGAAUCGAAUGGACGACAAGGCAGUGUCCACCCCUUCACUCUAUCCCACUAUGAUCGGCAGGAAAGAAUACGACUGGUGCAUGACGAGCACACCACAACCCAAUGCAGGCAACAAGGUCUACUCGAUGCCUCGCGGAAAGGUGCUCGGCGGCAGCUCUGCUAUCAACUAUCUCAUGUAUGUUAGAGGGUCAAAGAAUGAUUACGAGGGAUGGAAGUCAAUGGGCAACCCUGGCUGGGGUUGGGAGGAUAUGCUUCCUUACUUCAAGAAACACCAAACAUUGGACGAUUCUGCUCGGCACAGUGAUCCACAAUUCAUGCCUAUCGCGGGAGGGGACAAGUAUCAUGGAUCCAGUGGGCCUGUCCAUACCAGCUUCAACGACUGGUAUAUGCCAUUAGAGGUGGAAUUUGCCGAAGCUGCCUAUGCAGUUACCGGGACAAAGAAGACCAUUAAUGACGCGUGGAGCGGCGACCAUCUGGGCUUCUAUUCGAGUCUUGGGGCCGUGAACAGAUCCGAUGAUCCUGGAAAACGAUCCUACGCUGCAACCGGAUAUCUUCGUCCGAAUCUGAGACGACCAAACUUGAAAGUCCUGACGGAAGCGCAGGCCACCAAGAUUGUCUUGGAUGGAGACACGGCCAAGGGCGUUGAAUUCGUCCACAAGGGUCAGAAAUACAGCGUCGACGCAACGCGCGAAGUCAUUCUGUCUGCCGGCGUGAUUCAAAGUCCUCAAUUGCUCGAGCUCUCGGGAAUCGGCGAUCCCGAAGUUCUCAGGGCGGCUGGUGUUGAGUGCGUCGUUGAGAACAAGGGAGUGGGCGCCAAUUUCCAGGACCAUGUUCUCGGAGGACUCCUAUUCGACCUCAAACCCGGCAUUGAUUCCAUGGAUGCUCUGCACGGCGAAGAGUUCAUGAAAGCACAGCAGGACGUAUAUCAGAACAGUCAGAAAGGACUGUAUGCUAGCCCAGGCAUGAUGAUGGGAUUCGUGUCGUACGCGUCCCUGGUCACUCCUGACGAGCUCGACGCAACGAUUAAAGAAAUCAAAGAGAAGUCGCUUGCGAAGACGGACUUUGAGAAAGCUCAAGAAAAGGUAAUUGUCGACCAACUCCGCGACCCAACCUUUGCCAAUCUCCAAACCUUCUGCAUCCCAUGCCGUCUGGACGUGGCCAAGGGCUCCGAUCAGACGCAGUUCUUUGGCAAACCACCCAACGGCAAACAGCAGCUCUCGUUGCUCAUGUGCCUAGAACACCCUCUGUCAAGAGGCACAGUACACAUCAAAUCGUCGGACCCGUUGGCGCCUCCCGAGAUCGACCCGGGAUACUUCCGGAAUGAGGUCGACGCCAAAAUCCUCGCGGCCGGUAUGAAGUGGAUGGACAAGGUCGCCAGGCAUCCCUUGCUGGCGAAAUCACUCGCCGAGAGAGAACUGCCGCCCGAGAAGGAGAGUCUCGACAGCGAGGAGAGGAGGAUCGAGUAUGUCAAGAACCACAUCAGCACACAGUACCACUUGAUCGGGACGUGCGCGCUCGGCGAGGUUGUGGACACAGACUUGAAGGUCAAAGGGGUCAAGAACCUGAGGGUGGUGGACGCCUCCAUCUUCCCUGGCCAUGUAUCUGGGAAUAUCAUGGCCACCACUUACGCCGUGGCCGAAAAGGGCGCGGAUCUGAUCAAGAAGGAUAUUUAG